AUGUCGAAUGCAGGACCAUCAAAGCUGUCUUUCGGGCUGAAGCCUGCAAAGGUUGCGCUAUCCGGUGCCGCAAAGCCAAACAUUGCACCCUCAGCUUUAGCAUUCGACGAUGCAAGCGAUGAGGACGAAGACGACGGCUCUGCAGGACUGACGUUAGCGUCAGAAAGUCGCCGCAAAGCAAAAGAAAGCCGACCAAACUUUCACGGCGUAGCACCACCAACGCGCACCGAAAAGAAGAAGCAACAAGAAGCCGAACAGCUCGACGCAUCAGUAUUCGACUACGAUGGUGUCUACGAUACGAUCAAGGAUGCCGAACGCAGAGUCAAACAGGCUAAGCAAGCUGAGGAUGAGACCAAGAAGCCCAAAUAUGUCGAUGGUAUACUGGAGUCUGCCGAACAGCGCAAGCGAGACCGUUUACGAGCGGAAGCACGCAUAAUUCAGAAGCAACGGCAAGCGGAAGGAGAUGAGUUUGCAGAUAAAGAAUCGUUUGUGACCAACGCAUACAAAGAGCAACAGGAAGAGUUGGCAAAAGCGGAAGAACAGCAGAACAAAGAAGAGACGGAACAGAGAAAAGCGAACAAAGGCAUGGGCUCGUUCUAUCGGGACAUGCUCAACGAAACCAAUGCUGCCCGAGAUGCAGCUAUCUCCGCUUCACUGGCCGCUCCAACAUCCUCGAUUUGGUCUUCCACAUCACAGUCACAAGUGAACAAUGCACCUGAGGAAAGAGAAUCACGAGAACGCACCGACAUAGACCUAGCAAACGAAGCAAGAUCCAAAGGCCUCGAAGUGGAGCUUAACGACGACAACCAAAUCGUCGAUAAACGCUCUUUACUCAGUACAGGUCUCAACAUCGUCUCUAAGCGACGCAAGACCACCGACGACACCAAAGCAAACUCUACAGAAGGCGAGAGUAGAGAGUCGAGAAGAAAACGCGAUCAGAGGCGACAAGAAGAGUAUGAGGCAAAGAUGAACAGGGAUGCGCACAAAUCAAAACGGAGCGCAUUGAUAGAAGAACAGAUGUUGGAGCUGGAACGCAAGAGAGCGGCGGAAGAGGAGGAGGCAUUGCGGAAGGAGAAGGAGAAGGUGGAUGCAAAGCGGAAUGAUACAGAGGCGAUAUCGCAGGCUAAGCAGAGGUAUUUGGAGCGUAAGAAGCAGCGAUUGGCUGCUGUUGGGCAAGGAUCGAGCUCGUCUUAA